UUAUUCAUCACUGGCGGAUGCUCUGAACCUGAGGACAAAGUCAAAGGCAGAGAAACGUGCCGUGUGGUUCCACGGCAGACGAUUGCCAGUACUAGGCAGUAGGCAGUAAUCAUGGUAAUGGAGCUUCUGCUGAAAGUUCUGGUAUGACCCGAAACCUGGUGCUGGGACAAUCUGCUCGCUAGCAUGUUUUGUCUGUCACUGUUCCUCUUUAGUCUUGGUCGAUACAGUGGAGAAUGAGAGCUAAAAAAGCUUGUAUUGGCUGGGAUCGACCGAUAAAAUUAUAAUAAGUAUUUCUCCAGCGGAGUGUUUGUGCGGAAAGCGCAAGGAGAUAUUCUUGGAUGGGCAUGCACUGGAGAAGAAGCAGGCCUCCAGCAAUGAACAGGGAGAGGAGACGGUCUGCCUUGAACGACUGCUGUCGGCUGAGUAGUACAGCGGGAUGCAUGCUGCUGUUGCUGUUGACGUUAUAUCAGCGUGUGAACGUCGCCGCGGAGGUCAUCCAGGGUGAAAUCAAUACUGUGUAUGAAGACACGGUUUGGGAUAAUCACGAGGACACGUUUUCCUUUACAUGGACGUCUGUUUCCUGGCCGGUGCAAGGCACAGGAGCCACCCCUCAUCCGCGUCCAUUACGCGUGUCCGUGUUCAGUGGAAAUGCAAGCGCGAACCACCACCUGACCGUGUUGGUUCGAUCACGAAAUGCUGCAAAAGAAAUGUUCUGGUCGAUUCCAUUCAGUGCCGAGGGGCCUAGUUCUGCUACAUAUAAGAAUAGCUCCAGAAUCAUUUGCCCAAAUCUCCCAGUCAGUACGGACUCGGGUCGAGUGAAUGGCACAGAGAACUCAACAGCUGGCGUGAAUCAGACAGUGCUGGUUGAAAUCGCAGCCACGACUGAAGUCAGGAUUGGAUACACACUCCUUGCAGCGCCGGUGGACGAUUUUAACCUAGCUGGAGGAAAGAAACAUGCUGUGAGCCUGAGCCCAUCUAGUCCAGCGUACUACAGUUACAGCUUUCAGCCCGGUGAUGACCAGGUAACAGUAGAGAUUGAGGCAAGUGAGUCAACCUGUGGCAUAGCAUCCGUGCAAGAAGCGUUGUGCCCAGUGUUUGACCUGGCAAGCAAUAUCCAGUACUCGGGUGCAUACCAAACAUUCAGCUCGUCUGCAACAUUGCUGGUGCAGCGCACCGACUUCCAAACUGACUCAUUCUACAUUGUACUGGCGGGUUUGUCAAGUGAUGCACAGUGCAGCUCCAGGCAUCGUCCUCAAUACGAGGAUGGAGCGGACGCGGCACCAUUCUACAGUGAAACAGUGUACAUCCGAGUCGCAAAGCAUUCACAAAGUUAUACGACGCCAGUCAUCGUGCCCUUGGUAAUCUACAUUGGUAUCUACAUCUCAACGUUGGUUACACUCGUCAUUUACUACUAUGUGUAUAAGAAGGAUAUGGGCGAUGUUUCGCUGGCUGGAUUUAUCCUAGGCUCUGAUGUACAUGUAGUGAUCCCAGACACCAAUGACGGUGCAGGCCGAAGCAGAGGAGAAUCGGUUCGAAGCACUGCUUCAGUCUAUCAUGACGCCCAAGAUACUGUCCCUUGCACAGGAAGUGGUGAGCCAGAACUGACAUCAAUGAGUGUCAAUCACCAGCAUGUUGCUGGUGGCGAGGAGCAAGUUGAAGCGGCGAAUGAAACUACUAGACCCGAAGUUCAAUCCCCUGCACAGCCGCCAUGUGCAGCAGCGGAUGCAGAGCAGGGACCGAAAAAGACACGUUGCACACCACCAUGCAAGGCUAGGAUCCCAACUUUGAGCUUGGCUCAUGUUGAGAAGACGCCACCUGAGACAAUUGACAAGCAACUCAACAAUUCACCCUGGCUGAUUGGUAUCGUUGGCGUCUACUACGGAGUUCCAGUCAUACAGUUGGUAGCCAACUAUCAACAGGCUAUUUUCAAAACGGGAGACCAGGAUCUCUGCUACUUCAACUUCCGCUGCAAUCGCCGCUAUGGACGCCUCACAGCGUUCAACGCCGUCUUCAGUAACAUUGGUUACAUUCUGCUCGGCAUACUGUUCAUUCUUCUGACCAUACGCCGUCAGAGGGUAUUCACACGCACUGUUGAGCGCAAUCACCAGCGGCUGACUUCAACAGGCGUACUGCAUCACCAUGGUCUGCUGUACGCCCUGGGCCUGGCAUUGUGCUUGGAGGGUGUUUUGAGCGCAUGCUAUCACGUCUGCCCGACACCAGUGAACUUCCAGUUCGACACAUCUUUCAUGUACGUUAUUAUUGUUCUCUCGUUUCUGCACCUCUACCAGAGCCGAAACCCAGAUGCUAUCAAACCAGCACAUCAUUUCCUGGCGUUUCUAUGCACGGUGGUCGUCAUUGUCCUUGCAGGUGUGCUUGGAAACAGCCAGAUGUUUUGGAUUAUCUUCUUCAUUGUCUACGUGGGUGUUGGUCUGAUUGUCCACAUCCGGAUGUGCUGCACCACCGAAAAACGUCUGAAAGAGAGAUUCACCGACGCCAGCCAGAAGAGACCUAAACUUCGGGAGACCUUUCCACGGUAUGUUUAUCUACUGGUAUCGGUGCUUUGGAACUUGGGCCUGGCUAUAUACGGCAUCGCGGGUAGGCCAGGGGACUUCCCCACGUACAUGCUGGCGAUUCUAGGAGGCAAUCUCAUCUGGUAUGUCCUCUAUUACUGCAUUGCGUUAAAGGCUUGGUACGGUGAAAAAUGUUUGCCUGCCACAGGUGUUUAUGCUGCGGCCGCUGUUGUCUUCGCCAUCCUAGCAGGGUAUUUCUUCAAAUCAAACGUCUCUAACUGGGCCGAAAGUCCUUCUGGCUCACGAAAGCUGAAUCAAGACUGCCUGCUAUUUGAUUUCUAUGACAAUCACGACCUUUGGCAUUUCCUGGGAGCCAUUGCCAUUUUCUUCUACUACCUUAUCUUGUUGAAUAUUGACGACCCACUCGAAAAUGUUCAGCGGAAAGAGAUCCCAACAUGGUGAGUGGUGUACAAUUAAUGUCAAUUAUGGCUUUUUAGUCUUUUCCUUGUUUCCGUAUUAUCAUGGUCAGUGUUCGAUGUUCUAAAUCAAAUGAUGUACCAAAAUAUGGUGCUAGCCAGCUCAUUCACGUUUCAACACGGACUGUGUUUCUUUGUCUUUGCGCCUGCAUAUACUUUGAGGAGGGUUGCUACAAUUUGUCAAUUGCUGAUGAAUUAUUUCUUUGCUACUACCUCUUCUCAGAAAAUCACUGGCCACCAAAACUUGACCAGUUUUUGUUCAUCACUGCACGUAAUGUCUGUCCAAGGCUGCCCCAGUUUACAAUACCUGGUCCGUCAGCACGUUAACACAAUCAUUCAUUCUGCAUGUUUAGACUACAUUUGCUACUUUCGUCGGUAUUGGUGCUGUAUGACAUUUUCUCUUAGCCCUGUCUUCUGUUUAGCAGUUAGCAACUUAGCACUGAUAUUGCGGUGCAUCUUGGUUUCCUGGUCACUUCUUAUACUGCAAGUUUACUUUUGAUUUUUCUUCUCUAUGAUGCCCUUUAAAUUGGUGCGAUUCUUUUACCACUCAAGGAGGGAAUCCCUGAGACAGCUUCA